GAGUACCAAAGUGGGACCCUUUUCUUCUCUUUCAAUUGUUAAGGGUUCUUCCUUCAGCUGUUUCUUGAGUUUUGACCUUAUUUCUUAGUUUGAGUUCCCAUUUUUUGUUCUCUUCCAUAAGUAUGUUUCUUCUUCUUGCUUCUCACGCUUCUCUCUCUCUCUCUCUCUCUCUCUCUCUCUCUUUCUCUGUGGUGGGUUCUGGUGGGUUUGAGCUGUAACUUGCACUGUUUAAGGUUCUUGGGCAUCACGGUUACUCUGUCUCUCCCUCACGCAUGAACACACUUUAUAUGCUAUUCUUGCCCGUUUGUUUUUUAGUAUAAUUCCAACCCAAAUCGUUUUAAUUGUAACGGUCGAUGCUUACCUUCCCAUGUCGAACAUCGUGAAACGAUGCUUGAGGAUCAGCUAUGUGGUCUUUGCCUUCUGCUCCGCACUCUUUUUUGGUUUUCUCAAAGGUUUAACGGUAGGUCCUGUUGCCGGCCUUAUUCUGAUACUUGGUAACGUUGGGGUCAUAUUGGGGCUCUUCCCUUCUCAUGUUUACUGGACUGUCUAUUCCAUCAUUAAGACUAAUCGGUUUGAUAUACCGCUUAAAAUUGCUUUCCUAUUCGCUUUGCCAGCAUUGUUUGCCGUUUGGUUGGGUAUUGGCAUUGCUGGGAGCGUUAUCGUUGGAAUUGGUUAUGGAUGCUUUACUCCCUGGGUUUCUACUUUUGAAGCUUUCAGACAGGAUACUGAAGUGAAGAAGUUCAUCCACUGUGUUGUGGAUGGGACCUGGGGAACAAUUAAAGGGAGUUGUACUGUGGUCCGUGAUUUUGUCGAUGUCUGCUACCAUUCGUACCCUGUAUACUUGAAGGAGUUACGAGAAGGCAAUGCAAGUUCUGAUGAACCUCAAACUCUGAGGUUGAUACAUGUGCCGGCUUGUAUCAUUGUGGGUCUGGUGGGACUAAUAGUGGAAAUCCCUCUAUAUACUGCCAUUGCAAUAGUAAAAAGUCCAUACAUGCUUUUCAAGGGCUGGCAUCGCUUGCUACAUGAUCUAGUGACCCGAGAAGGCCCUUUCUUUGAAACAGCCUGUAUCCCGGUUGCCGGUUUGACAAUCCUUCUAUGGCCACUAAUUGUCAUCGGGAGCAUACUGUUGUCCAUUUUCUCUGGCAUUUUCAUUGGGCUGUAUGGAUCUGCUGUAGUAUAUCAGGAGAGAUCUUUCAGGAGAGGCAUGGCUUAUGUAAUUGCCAUGGUUGCAGAGUUUGAUGAGUACACAAAUGACUGGCUUUAUCUAAGAGAGGGGUCCAUUCUUCCAAAGCCCCAGUACCGAAAGAAGUGGGUGUCUCAAUCAACAGAGUUUUCUGUUGGAGGAAGUAAAGGCAAGUCCAGCUCUGUUUCUGUGGAGGCGCCUGCAAUACUUGUGCCAAGGUUAACUCCUUCAAGAUCUGUCAGAGAGACGAUACAAGAAGUGAAAAUGGUGCAGAUAUGGGGCCUCAUGAUGAAGUCUUGUGAAAUCAAGGGUAAGGAACUGUUGGAUGCUAACAUCAUAACCACGGCUGACCUUGAUCAGUGGUUGAAGACAAAGGACAGUGAUGAAGCAGCCAUAGUUGGCAUUGGUUUGCCUUCUUAUUCAUUUUUGCAUUUUCUCCUCUACUCUAUCAAGUCUGGAGCAGGUGGUUUGUUGCUUGAUAGUGUUGAAGUCACACAUCUGAAUCGACCACAAGACCGGUUGUUGGACUGGUUCUUCCAUCCUUUCAUGGUCUUAAAAGACCAGAUCAAAGUCAUAAAUAUGGGAGAAAGUGAAGUGAGAUUUUUGGAGAAGGUUUUGCUUUUUGGUAGUGAUACUCAACGCAUGAAAGCUUGGGAAAAUGGAAGUGUGGUUCCUCAAGAUGCUCUCCGAGCUGCUCAAAUUCAAGGCAUCAGCCGCAGAUUGACAGGAAUUACGAAGGGUGUAUCGAAGUUCCCAACGUACAGGAGGAAAUUUCACCAUGUAGUUAAGACUCUGAUAAGAUAUUCUCUUGAGGCAGUCCCUUCUGGAUCCAACUUGAUCAAUUCAGUUACUUCCAUUGACAAUGUCUAGACCGAUAAAGCUUCAUUAUUAUGCCCCUUUUGUACAUAUUCUUUCGUUUUUUGUGGUGCUAAGUUCAAUGAGACGACUGAAAGAUCAAAUUCAAGUUCCCGCCGUUUGGGUUUCGAAGUAUGUUAGGUGUAUGUUAGGUGUACUGUUCUGAGUGUAUGUUUGGAUGAAAACUGAAAACAGAGGAGUCAUAACUAUAGCAACUGUGGCUGGGGAGGAAUCAUGUCACAUUGAAGCUCUCCUGGUGCUUCUUCUGUUCAGUAAGACUUAGAUACAUGUAUUUAGAUUCUAUUUCAGUCAUAGGCUGCAAUGCAACUCACACCAAGCCAGCAAUGGUAACAUGGUCCAUCAUGCAAACAGUACCAGCAAUGGAAAUCAUCAAGAUUCAACAUUUGGCUUUCAGAUAAUUUAAGUUGAAGGAAUAUAAGUGUAUAAAGCAUCGCGGUGUAUGUUUUUGAGGCAAUCUCUGUUACAAUUGACGGCUUUAUUGGAAUAUAAUCUAGAUCAACUUGAUAGAUAAACUCUCCCAUUGCAGUGAUAUGAAGGGAGAGAUUGUGGCUUCAUCUGAAAUGGAUGGUGGUCUUUGGACAGGUUACAUGUUGAGUUCCUCUUUUUGUGUUGGCUGUAUUUUACUUUCCUCCUCAUACUGUUAAGGGAUGUAACUAAAUGUGCACUGGAGGAAGGAUUGGACCAGGGAAGACAGAAGCAAUUCAAAAUGUGAUCAAAAUCCCAAGGGAUUUAGGUAUAAUUUAUCAAAAUACCAUUGACUCUGCAAAACCAUGUGAAUCAAAUUGAAUUCUUUUUGGUGCA